AUGACUUUCGAUCCUGGUCACUUCGGAUUAUCUGAAAAGGACAAACUUUUAACAACCAACGUUUUCAAGAGAAUAGCAUCAGAGUAUGGUCUAUCCACACCAGAAGUUAGAGAGCAAGUCCAAAUUGCAACAACAAUUUUCCUACAUUACAUCAUUGAUGGUUGUGUUGCCUACCAUCAAAGAGAUGACACAGAAAAGCCUGUAUCAGUUAAAACUGCUGACAUCGUUAGAACACUUGAAAAUUCAGGUUUCAUUACUAUUGCAAGAAAAUGUGCUUCACAGUAG